CUCACCUCCACCCUGGAGCAUACCUGGAGAGGGUUUCAGAAGUUCUUCUACUCCCUGAGCUCGGCCUGGAGCCAGGCUCGACUUGUGAAAACAAGGUCCAACAGGCCUUGUUGGGCCAGCACUCCCACAUAUCCACUACAACCUGGAUGUAUGUGGGGACGAUAGACUUGGACAAGUUCUUCCUUGCUGUGGUGCUGCUACUUGGUGGGAACUGAGGGCUCUAUGCAGAAACUUGAACUGUGGGAGUUCUGGCAAUGAAUCUCUAUCCAGAUGUCAAGGGAUAUACUAUCCCUAGGAAGAAGUGAAUUAUUUAUUUCAAGAUGGAGAUAGAUAAAGAGGGGGAUGCAGUCUCUCGGAGUAUGGAAGAGAAUCAAGAAAAUACACCAGAAGAUGGCACCGAAGAUGGUACAAUUGUUCUCAAUUUAUCCGAUGAUUGCUCAAUUGAAGAGGAGGUGCGUUUGCUGAUGCAAUCUCAGAAGAAGGUUGAACCUAAACGUCGAGCAGAAAUUACAUGGAAACGUAAGGUAGAAAUUUUGCAAGAAAUUGAAAAACUCCCAGGAAAAAUAUCUCAUAGAGAAAUGGCAAUUCAUUUUGGAAUACCUCGUAAUACUCUUUUUAAUAUUUUGCGGGCAAGAGAUAGAAUUAUUGAAGCUUAUAAACGCAAUCCAAAUGGAAGAAGAAAAAGAUUAAGAUCUGGAAAGGCUCCCCAUGUUGAACAUGCUCUUUAUCAGUGGUAUAAAAAUGCUAAAAAACAGAAACUACCUCUUUCAAAUAUUAUUUUGUUUGAAAAAGCCAGAGACCUUGCUGUGUCACAAGGAAGUUACAGCUUUCGACCAACAACCGGGUGGCUGGAGAGAUGGAAAAAACGGCAUAAUAUAACUUUUUCCAUUGAAUUAAAUUGUGAAGGUUGUAAUGAAAAUGGAAGUGGUGAUUGUGAAGGAAGUGAUGCUGAAAUAACAAUUGAUUCAAAUGAUAUUAAAGAUGAAGGUGAUGACAUUGACAUGGAUGAUGAUCAAGGGUCUGAACAAGAUGAAGAUGAUGGCACAUCAUCUCCAACAGCUCAAGAUAUUAGUAGCCUAUUACAUAUUAGCCUUCAAGAAACUGAUAAUUUUAUUCGCCGAUCUGGAAAAGGAAUCAAAAGACAAACUUUAACUUUAAGGCAGAAAUUUGAGAUUGUAAAAGCCAUAGAAAGUUUACCUAUGAAAUGGAGCCUACGUGAUAUGGCUUCUUUCUUUGAUGUGCCUAAAACCACAAUGCUCCAUAUGAUGAAAAACAGAGAUUUUAUCAUUAAAAAUUACAUGAACAGCCCAGAUAAGGAACGAAGACGGAACAAGAAGGGGAAAGCUCCUGAUAUUGAGGAUGCUCUGUAUGUUUGGUACUUAAAAGUCAAAGAGAAAAAUUUACCAAUUACUGCAGGGAUCUUAAGAAAGAAAGCAAAGUCUAUUGCUCUGUCACUGGGAAAGCCAGAGUUUGUUCCAACGGAAGGGUGGUUUUCACGCUGGAAGAAACGGAAUAAUGUAACUUGUGGACGCCCCAAACAAUAUGAUGGAACAGAGACGCAAAAUGUCCAUCCCUCUGAAUAUGACGAUGGUGAUAUGCAGCUAUUCCACACAGCAUAUGAAAAAGAAACUCGUACAUCUCUCUCAUUACGACAGAAAGUGGAAAUAAUUCACCAUAUGGAAGCUGAACCUAAUGUUAAGUUAAGAGAAUGGGUAGAUAUGUAUAAUGUAUCCAAAUCUACGCUUAGUAUUAUAAAAAAGAACAAAGAAACAAUCCUUAAAGCAUUCUAUGGUGAUCCAUCAGUGGAUCGGAAACGUAUGAGAAAAGGGUCUGCUUCUGAAGUGGAAGAAGCUCUUUUUAAAUGGUACAACGAAGUAAAAGAUAAAAGUAUUCCACUCACAGGCCCUAUCCUACGGCAGAAAGCUAAAGAGCUGGCUGAUAUAAUGGGAAAAGUUGAUUUCAUUCCCACUUCUACGUGGCUUGAUACAUGGAAGAGGAAACAUGGCUUGAAUGAAGAUAAGGAGGAUCAACAGCAUCAUACACCAACAGUCCCAACUGAAAAUGGUAUUCAAUAUACCACUGAGCACAAACAGCAGAUUCGUUUUCAAUUUAAUCAAGAGCACCACAAUACUGGCAACCACAUGGGCAUUAUCCAAAAUCCGCCCAUCAUCUCUAACACAAUGAAACCACCACCAAAUCCACAGACAAUGAACAAUACAUACAGUAGAGAUAUGUUUGGGUUUCCUGUUCCACCCUCAACACAGGAAUCCAUUGUUAAUUAUGAUGGUUUCUCCAGAGGGCCCAUGAACCCAGCAGAAUUGUCAGCAGUGCAGGCAGGAAAUAAUGUAGUUCCUCCCACAGGAGGGGGUCAGCAGUUUUCGUCCGUUGCAGCAGCAAACAAAUUUUUAGGAUCACAUAUAUAUACUCCAGAUCUUUCUGGUGGCAGAGAAAUCUUUACUGGAAACACGAUGAAUCGUGGAGUGAUUUCAAGCUCUCGUGAUCAUACAGUGCCAGCGCAGACGGCUCCACAAGGCAGUUAUUCCUCAACAGAAAGACUCUUACACCAAUACAAAAUGGAUAAUCACCAGCCAAAUAAUUUUCUUCCUGCACCAGAUAUGGUAACGGAAGGCUCUGUUCGGCGUGCCAUGAUGGAUAUUCGACGGUAUCUUGAACAAUCUCCAUACCCAGUAGACUGGUCACUUGUACACAACUUUGAAAUGCUGCUUCAUACAAACAUUGCCAGCAGAAAUCAUUUGCCAUUGUAAAUAACAUUGUGAAUGUGUGCUGCGUGUACAACUGGUGUAUUGGCUGUGCUCUUUGGGUACAAUGCUGACAAAUAUUUUCUUUAGGGUCAAGGGUUUUAUAGUACAGUAUAAGCUCUUUCCACAUUUAUUCAGUAGGACUCUAGUGAAAUUAACCCCCUAAUGCAGUGGAAGUGUUUUGUUUUGGUUGAAGAUCCUAGCACAGUAGACAAGUGAUUAAUCAUGAUUAUGUCUAAAUUGCAGGGAAGAAAACUUUUAAAUGAUACUUUUUCCAAAUAAUUUGAUUUUCAAAAUACAGUAAAAAUAAAAAAUAUUGUUAUUAUCACUAAUAAAAACAACAAUUAUAGGAAAGAAAUUAUAAAAAAUAUUCAGUUGGUAAUUGUCAAAUUUAGUUCUCUUAUGUUCAGUGAAAAUCCUGCUGUUGUAGAAGGGGUCUGGAAAGGAAGGAAACUCAGGAGAAAGUGCCAUGCCAUUAUGACUAUACAUCACUUGGAAGGGAUAAGGAUUUGGGAUGGGACAGGGGGAAGGAAUGGAGGAAAUAGUUCCUUUAAACCACAGUCCCACCAUAUUUAUGUGGGAGUAUUAUCUCUAAAACAGGAAUUUCAACUCUGAGACCUAUAAAAUAAUUCAGUUUCUGACCAAUUCCCACCACUCUUACAUGUUUUUUUUUACAUUUUGCAUAUUUACCUAUUUUAUCGUUUAAUCAUAAACCAUAACGUUUGGAGUUAUAAAUUGUUUCGUCUAAAUUCUGCACAUAUUUGAAUGGCCACAUUGAAAAAAUGUUUUACAAUAAAAUACACUCUCAAACAAUAUUUUGCUACAAGGAACAUGAACGUUAUAUGCCAUUCUGACACCAUAAUGAAUAAAAUAACAAUUGGUUACAUUUUAAUAUUUUUAUAACUAAUUUGAAAUUGUGAAUUUUUAUUAUUUUUUCUUUUUUUAACUUUUUUCUGUGGGGAAGACCCGUCAGCUCCCCGGAACUAUCCAGGUUGAUAUGGAUAUAUUAGCUUUUUGGCAUCACUCAAUGUGCAUGAAGUUCUUGCCUAUGGGGACCAUGAGCCAGAACCUGGCCCCCCCCUCAGAGAGGCACUAGGAGCAAUUGCCUAUAUAAACCCCUGUGUGGUUGGGUGCUUUCUAUGUCUGCCAUCGUCCAGGUCUGACAUCCAGAAAGCUAGGCGCCCCAAAACAAACCCCCUAUUCUGGUGAAAAUAUUGCUUCUGAAAGAGUGGGCAGAACUCCCCAAAUGAAAAUUAGCAAACAAGCAUGAUUUCAUCAUGUUGUUGAGCCGCUGUCUGCGCAACCCCCCACUGCCCUCCCGGGAGGAGGAAAGAGAAGCCCCAGACCCUCAUGCCGGCAAUCCGCCCUUCAGUUCUUGGCUGAUGUGAUACUGGCAGGUCAUGGGCCUCUGGCUCCAGAUUUUCUCCGUUUGCCUUGCGGCAUGGACUGUCUCUACUGGUGGUGUGCGAGCCAGGAGUAUUAUUUUUUGGUGCUCGGGUUGCCUGCGCUUAGGGUUUGCUUCCCUAGGUGCCCUGAAAGUACUGCCCUUGGGGCUUGGGCCCCCCUUCCACAAGUCACCUUGAGGCCUACCUCCGCUGAGUCUUUUACUGCUCGGUACUUGGCCGCCCUUGGAGUCAGCUGGAGUUUUGAGAGAGUAGUUUUCAUCACUGGUAGGGGCACAGAAUACUGCACAGUUAGUUAUCACCUCUUAUAGCAGCCGGCUCUGUUCUGCCUUGGUACAUUGUCCUUUUGCGGGGUUUUACUUUUGUUUUUGUUUUCCUGCCAGGUGGGGGGGGCUGCCUUUGUUUGGUUGCCCCCAACUAUAUUUAAGGUAUACAUAUAAAUAUCUGUAUUCUUGGUGGCAUUCCUUGCUAGGCCUCCGUGAGAGAUACAUCCCGGGGCUUCAGCUUUUAGAAGUUUGCUUGGUAGUCUUGGGCGCCGGUUUGCAGUACCCUGCCUAGGCUUCCCUUAGUGUGUUAUCAAGGCUAAGGGACCUGGGAAGCCCCAUGGGGGCUCUAUGGUCUGAUGGAUGUGACCCUUGAGUCUCCUCUCGCUUCAUGUGAGGUUGAUGGUUGCUCCGUUCCCUUAUCUCAGGGUGAUAAUCACUGGUUGUGCCUCUGCCAUGCUGCCUGUAGGGUCAGUGAUUCUUUUGACCUGGAGUCGUGCGACGUUUGUUGUUUGUACCUGCUCCAGUUCACCCAAGCUACUGAUCGUGAUAUGAGGGUGCAGGCAGCAGCUGCGUUGCUAGGUUCAGGUUGCUGCAAUGCAAGAGGUUGGUUGCUUCCCCAGAUGCCCCAUUUUGGGUUUAGGGACCCUAACAUAGGGGUGGGAGUUGCUUCGACCUUGUUUCCGUUCACCCCUCCAUGUCUUUUCCCUUCUGUUGUGCAUCAGGUUCCUUUUCCCUUGCUUCCGGCCCCGAAACGUCUGAGGGUUUUAGGGUUAGGGCAGGGUGUAGAUGGUGUUGAGAUUCGGGUGGCCUUGGGGUAAUCCCCUUCUGGUGUGGUGGCGGAGGCAUUCGAGCCUAGUCUUCUAGCCAGAGCUUCUGGGUCUGACCAGCGGGCCCCCUUCAUUCCUGCUUUUUCGGUGACUCCUGCCUUUUCUUUAGAGGCGGGGGGUUUGGAGGGCGGCUCGGCCCUUGGUCCUCAGGGCGUUGACUUGUAGGGGCUUUGGGCCCCCUUGGACUGUACAUGGGUUUUUAUACCCUCGGUGUCAGGCUUGGUGUUACAAGGAGUAGGGUGCAGGCCUGUCCUCAGGUGACUUUCACUCCCUCCUCUUAGGACUUGGAUUUCGCGUCUACCUCUUCCUGGGUUUGGUUCUGUGACCCCGACAGUUCUUUGGUUCCGUCCUUCUAGAGGUAUUCUGCUUCGUGCAUCCCGUCCCAUGUUGUGCGGGAAGCCCUUGUAAUUACCUAAGUGUACUGUAAUUACUUAAGUGUAGUUACAGGAUGAAAGCUACGCUUGUGGUGUCCCGUCUCCCAGCACUCUUUGUCAUACAUUGCUUUGAAAUUACUGACGGU